UGUUAGUACUGGAGUUUACUAGUUGAAUGACAUUAGAGCAAAGUUUUCCGCUUUUACACUUAGAUUCUCUGCUAGGAAACGAGUUAAUCUACUUGGACCUAGAGUCGCUGCGUUUCUGACACCCGACUGGCAGCUUCGCCUUGAAAAAUGCGAGACCGAACCAAGGAACUGGGAAAUAAUGCCGAAGCUUCAGAUGACGAUGAGGAGGGCAAAGCUCUGAUGAUCAAACCUGGAACCUCUUCAGCCAAAGAGGAGAAGGAGAAUGAAGCCUUCUUUAAAAAGGUGCAAGAAAUUCACGAGGGGCUCCACAACCUCAGACGGAUGGUGUCUGAACUGGAGAACAAGCAGAAGACGGUGCUGGGUGUGGCGCUGCCAGAGGAGAGUAUGAAGAAAGAGCUGCAGACUCUUCGAGAGGAGAUCAAAACACUGGCCGGUCAGAUCCAGAGGAAACUGAAGAGUAUCGAAUCAAAGAAGGGAGAGGAGGACGGAAAAUAUAUACCGGUUAACGUUCGAAUGCAGCGGACCCAGCACGGCGUCUUGUCCAAGGAGUUUGUGGAGCUGAUGGGUCACUGCAACACCAUCCAGGCCCAGUACAGAGACCGCAAUGUGGAGCGGAUCCAGAGGCAGCUCAAAAUCACCGGGACCAAUGUGACGGACGAAGAGCUGGACACAAUGCUGGAGAGCGGGCAGACGGAUGUUUUCACCCAAAAUAUCCUGAUCGAUGCUAAAGCUACAAAGCAGGCCCUGAAUGAGAUCGAGUCCCGGCACGAUGAGAUCCUGAAGCUGGAGAGGAGCAUCAGAGACCUGCACGACAUGUUCCAGUACCUCGCCAUGGAGGUGGAGGCUCAGGGGGAGAUGGUCAACCGCAUUGAGAACAACAUCAAACAGUCUUCUGACUACGUGGAGAGAGCGAAGGAAAACACGGAGAAAGCUGUAACGUAUCAGCAGAAAGCACGCAAGAAAAAGAUUUGGAUCGCCGUGUGUUUGGCCAUCCUCAUCCUCAUCCUAGUCAUCUCGCUGGUCACCACCUUCGGCACCUAACACCCGGCAGUGUGAGUUGUUUGGCAGAAACUCAUUGUGGGUUCAGAAAUCCCCUUUCAUGUAAAUAGUUUCAGCCCCCCCCAAACAGGAUGUACGGCUGAAUGAAGUCAGUGGAUUUUGUCAGUGAUCAUCCCUCUGUUUUUUUUUUUCCCCCCACACAUUUUAAAUUCGUCGUCCUGUCGGCCUUUUGUUGGUUUUUAAAGAAGAGGUGUGCUCUCUGUUGUCUUAACUCCCACCCUCCACUCAAGAGGUACUGCUCUGUGGAAUCCCCCGGUCAGAUUCGGGUCCGCAGCAUUACGACCAGGAAAAUUAGUGAACUGUUACGUCAGUGCUGCUUCCCCCCGCUGCACCGAAAAGAGGAAACAAGUGGCCUUGAACAAGCACAAAGCAGUAUUGAAACCCAACACUGAUCAUACUGUACUCAGGAAGCUGUGCGUUGAUUCUUGUUACGAUGUCGUUUCUGGACGAAUUGGAGGCAUAAACAGCAACAGUAACAGAGGGGGGGCUUUCUUUUCUAGACAUAUUUAGUUAAAUAGACUAAUAUAAAUGUACAUAACCGAUACUGCUGGUGAUUCUUCAUGCAGAUGAAUUUUAAAACUUGAAAGUUGUUUCAAAAUGCUGACAUGCAACAACUGUAAAUAUCUUUUUUUUUUUUUUUUUGUGGAGCCCCUUUUUUGUUUUUGUACAGCAGCGUCUCAGCACUGCAACAAAAGGCCCGAGGCCCGCCUUUCUUUGUCCCACCAGUGUGUAUUUAUGAUUUCAUGUGUUGUGUAAGCUGCUACGAGGAAAGUUCUGCAACAGCACGAAAUGAAAUCUGUACCCCCCCCCCCCAACGGUGCCUUCUCCUCUAUGUCCUUGUGAACAGAUAACGUGAAGAAGGGAUGGAAAGAGUUUUUAUUGUUCACACCAGUGUUUCAGCUGCGUGUCCUUGUGGCCGAGCCUUUUUUAUUUUAUUUCUCUUCACCUGUUUGUCACAUUGUUCAGAGUCUAACUUUACUCCCGGAGCAGCGAGGUGUUAACGAAGCAGAAAACCCAUUUACAGACAAACAGUACCUGCUGCGCACCACAAUGUGACAAACCUGGAAAGAAAACUGUUUGUUGAAGUUUGUCCAGUCCUGCUCCCGUCGUCUCUGGAAACAGAGGGCAGAGCGGCGACUUUGCUACUGUGUAAUAUAUCAGCUUGAUUUUAAUAUAAGUUUGUUUUUAAAAUAAAAUACUGCCAUGUUCUAUU